CGUGAGCGAACGUCAUUUCCUCCCUCUCUCUUAACACCGACCAACGAGCGGCGGUAGUGUGCAUGCGGUGCAUGCUCGAUUAGACAAGGGCAGGAGCGAUUUCUAUGCAGUGCUUUGUUCCUAUUGCCAUAUCGUAUCCACUUAAACGGUUAAAUUAAUAAAGGAGAAAAUAAAAUGCACACGAAAAUCUAUCAAAAUAUAUUGAAUUACUACAGAAGACAAGUACAUACGAAUGUGUCUCGAGUUCUGUUUAAUCAAUAUUAUGAUGCGACUCACAAAAGACGAAUGCGUUCUUCGCGUUUAUAUUGGAGCGGAUUUGGUAUUUUAGUCAUUGGUUUUACUUAUGCUUCCGUGCCUUUAUAUAGAAUAUUUUGUCAGUCAUAUAAUUAUGGUGGAACUGUAUCAACCAAUCACGAUAACAGCAAAGUGCAUUCAAUGAAACCUAUUAAGGAUAGAGUGAUAAAAAUAAAAUUUAAUGCUGAUACAGCAGCCAUGAUGCAAUGGAAUUUCAAACCACAACAAAAUUUUAUAAAAGUUGUUCCUGGAGAAACUGCCUUAGCAUUUUAUACAGCAAAAAAUCCAUUAAAUGUACCAGUCACUGGUAUAUCUACUUAUAACGUAGUACCAUAUGAAGCUGCACAAUAUUUUAAUAAAAUUCAGUGUUUUUGUUUCGAGGAACAACAACUUAAUCCAUAUGAAGAAGUUGACAUGCCAGUAUUUUUUUACAUUGAUCCAGAGUUUGUUGAUGAUCCAAAAAUGGAAAAUGUUGAAGAAAUUGUACUAUCCUAUACAUUCUUUGAAGCCAAAGAAGGAAUGACAUUUCCUAUACCGAAUUUCAUGAAAAAAUAGUAAAAAUUGUGAAAAAAGGAUGUUAGUGUUUUGACAAAUAUAUGUUCAGUACCUAAUA